CAAAUGCUGCGGCAGUCGGCUUCUGGCGCUUCGGACCGUAGGAUGUCGCGCGACGAGUCCUCGCUCUUGUUGUUGUUGUUCCCUUCCCACACAGCCACGAGCUGAGCUUUCUGUCGUGUGCUUUCUUUUUUUUACUCGAAAGCCGAGCGGUUCGUUGUAUACGUUUCGAGGAGAGGAAGAAAAUCGCCGGAGUGAGGUUCGAUUGCUCGAGAGCAAUCACGAGAGGACAUGAGGUCGGCUUUGGCAGUGUGUUUGCUCUGCUGCGUCGGCUGCGCGGUGUCAGCGCCGAAUCGAAGGGGUGCCAAUGAGAUCCUCAUCGGCGAGGUGGACAUCGCGAUGCACGACGGCGAGGAUGACAGCGGGGGCGGUGGGAUGGUGGCCGGGGACGACGACAGCCCCGAAACCAGCACUGAACAACCUUUCGCCAAGAAGUGCAUCGUCGAUAACAAGGCCUACUCUCACAGUCAGAUGAUCCCCUGGACGGAUUCAAGCUCGCACUGCCUCUGCGUAGCCGGCGAGGUGUACUGCUGGUGGCAGAAGUACGUCGCCUCGAAAUCCCGAAGCUCCAACAACCCCAUUCCUCCAGAAGAGGAGGAGGACGAAGAAGACGAAGGAGAAGAAGACGUAGCAGAAGACGAAGAGGACGAGGAUGAUCCGUCGUCUUGGACGACGGAGGAGGAGAGCGACUACGCCGAGGGGCCAAGCGAAUCGCCAGAGGCCUCCGGGGAGUCGGCGCUGCUCGAAGCCUCCGGCGAACAGCAAGACGAUCACAGCAUCGCCGUCUCGAAGGAUGAAGCAUCAGCCCCGGAGACUUUGGAAAAUUCAACGAUGAGCAGUAGCAGCAGUACUACGACGACGGCGGCGACGACGACGACGGCACGGCCGACCGGAGCCCCAGCGACGUGCCUUGUCAUGGGGAGGAAGUACCAAGAGGGCGAGGUGCUGCCACACUCGACGGGCAACUGCGUCGAGUGCAGCUGUGGCUCCGAGGGCCGAAUCGAGUGCUCGCCGCGCGACUGCGUGGGUCUGAGGCCCCAAAGCGUCGAGGCCGCAGGUGCCGGAGAUUUUGAACUUUUCGACUUUGAACACGAGAGAGGCAUCGAGGAGAGCUUUUAAUUUUGUUGUUUGUUUUUCGCUGCUACAACAUGAUACUGAUCACUGGCCUGGCGAUGGGUUAUAUAAUGAUACGCGACAAUAAAGAAUUGGAAUUUCUUUCUUUUUUUUUUUUUUUUUUGGUUCGUGACGAGAGAAUUGGAUGUAUACUACUGAGUAUCGCUGUACAGUGCGAGAGCCACGAUUUCACGACUGGAAUUGUCGCAGUGUAUCGUCGCAUGAUUUCUGAAGCGUUUUGUUGCUUAAUGUUAAGUAUUAGUUUGACUAGAUAACACCAAUAUGUAUACGCUGCACUUGUGUACGAGUAUCAUUUUUCGUUUUUUCUAUAUGCGUAAGCAAAAAGUCUUACUUUUGAAGCAGUUUUAGAUUGAGUAUCAUCUCGUUCUCGAUAUGCAUUGAGCUGUAAAAGCCAAUAGGAUCGUUAGAGCACAAGCGAGUUUUAUGAAGAGUAAUAGACAGCGGAUGGUUUAUAAUUUUUACAGAAAACUAUAAAGUAAUGUACAAUUUAUAGGGAUUCAUAUAUUCGUACUUAACGUAUAGUCAGAAUAAAUAAUGAUAAUAUUUAUAUUUUCUCCAAAUACGACUAUCAGAUUAUUCAUAUGGCUCAUCAUCUCGGAGUUAAAAGCAAUUUUUUUAUUCGUUUUCUCUCAAUUCAUUGAUUGAUUUUAGUUCUCGAUGAAAAUUGAAAACACAAGUUCCAGCUUUGGUCUGACAAAUUAGUAAACGCAUUCUAUAUACUGUGGAUUUAUUUUUAAACAGGCAGCACUUUGUGUGUCGUGUAUUAGUGACUGAUGAAUAAAUAUUAAAAUCAAUAUGUAACCGAAAAUACUAUUUUUUACACACUCGAUUUAAUAUCAAUUAUAUAAUGGAAACGUUUGAGCAACACACGGCAUAUGUUAAUAGCACCUUAGUAUCGUGGACAUAAACCGUAGUAACUUAAAUAAAUUUAAGUUUACCAAAAAAAAAAAAAAAAAAUCAGCUUGAGAAAGUUAAAUGCCUAGCGGAUGCACCAAAAUUACUGAAUAAUCAAAAAUGUAGAUCGUUUAAUACUUACUUAUACAAAUCAAAUAAAAUGAAUUAAACGUGCACAGUUGAAGAAAUAAAAUUUCAAGAAAGAUAGUAAUAAGAAACAACUUUAUUGUCAAUGCGGCGCUUUCCCUCGUUCAGGAACGUGCCUUUUACAUCUUCCCCCUUUUUUAAUUUCUGAUACGAUGAAUUAAUCUCUUCCAUAUAUUAAUUAUAUAUUGUGAACAAAAGACGCACACUCAUAAUCAAAGCAUUUCGUAUAUGAUGAAAAUAUAAUAUGUAGUUUAGAUUUUUUAAGAGACAGCGCAGGUUCGCUUUUUAAACCUCACGUGCGCUCAUUAAGAUAAAAAUGAAGUAAUACCAUUUGAUUUUUAAAUAUUUAAUUUCUCUUUAUACCUUUAUUCAUGAGUGUAAAUUUCAUCAAUCAAAAGUUUCACUUAUGUUCAAUGGUUCCAUCUAAAAUAAUUGGAUAUUAAUCACAUAUCAACCCUCGUGAGAUUUUCUAAGCGAAAUUUCUCGAUUCCACAUAUCUGAAGUUCAAACAGUAAUAUUUAAAAAAGCGCGCGUUUUCAUGUAUUUCCAAACUAAUUAUCGCGAAGUGAUACUAGAAUCUCAUUCUAGGCGUCGUGUACAUUUGGCGUUCAGUACACGUUAACCGAGUAGCAUUUCGUAUGUAUGAUUAUAAGUACGAGAAAAAAAAAUAUAGAAAACGCAUAAAAUAAAUCCGUUUGCAUCCCAGAGUUUCGAAAACAUUAUUGUAAAAAUAUAUUUUUCCUUUGAUAUAAUAACCAUUAUGCAAUUUCGAGAGCUUAAACGAGUCUUAAGCAAGGAAAACUCACAAGUUCACGUCACGGGAUACAAUAAUCAAGGAGACGAGGUGCAAGAAAUAUGCGGAAAGUGAUUUCAAAAAUUUGCCACGCGAAUCUCUGAUUUUCGAAUGAUAUUGCAGUACACGGAAUGUCAUUGUACAAGAGACUUUUUUCAAAGUUAUAUAAUCACCUUAUUAAUUUUUCCAUUAUAGAUAUAUUAUAAACUAAUUUGUGCAUCAAUAAACUACAUAUGUAAACACAAAUAAUAAUACUCCGAAGUUGCUAUUUUACUCAUAAACUGUACUAAUUCGUUUAUUAUUAUUUUGUACGAAUGUAUAUUAUGUAUGUUCAAAAUGUUGAAUCAUUAUUUUCACAAAUGACUAUAAUCUGAUUUUACCUAUUUACAAAAUGAUUAAUAAAACGUGCUUCAUGACAAAACAAUGAAAACAAUAUAGAAAACGUAAUUUCGAAACAGUUUUAUUAUAUAAAUAAUAAUCUUCCGAGCCCGUUUCAUAUUGAUCAAACGACUCUUCCAAAAUUCAAAAGGUUAUCCUAGUAUACCUAAUAUACUCGAAGGCACACAAUACCCAUAUAUUAUCUAUUAUACUAUACAUAUUAUAUAAUAAUGUAAAAGACGUAAUAAAUGGAACCAAAACGCUAAACAAUACAUAUGCGAAUGCAAACUCAAUAUAAAGUACAUAUGUAUAAUCUAAUGUAAUGCAAUCAUAGACAUUUUAAUUAGUUCAAUAUUUAUAAGUAUGUAUCUAUACGAAAAAGUUAUUUACAACAUUUCCAACUAUACAUAAUCCGUAAUACUAAUGUAAAAAAACUGACUUCAGAUACCUAUAUAUAUAUAUAUUUUCUAUUAGUUUAGAAAACUAUAUAGGUUCCCUUUGCAUACAUUUUAAAACUCAUUACUUAUUAAUCUAAUUGAAAAGUUAUAUCAUAAACAGUUCAAUUUUGACAAACUCUGAUAUUAAUAUACGCAAAAAAUUUGCAUUUCAAACGUACCAGAAGAUACAACCGACCGAUUGUUAUUGUGAGACGCGCACAUCAUAAAUAAGCGAUAAUAUAUAACGACGAGAAAAAUUGUUUGUAUCAUAAAUUAUUACAUAUAGGCAGACUAGACUAGACUCCAUUGUGAUAAAUAAAUAAAGAAAAAAAAACCCAGCGAAUGUUUUGUCUAAGAAUUUGCAGUUCCGAGUAAUAAUAGUUUCGAUCAUUCCUUUGACGUUUCUAGCGAAAAUACGAUGAAUUCAAUGGAGCCUGUGGCAAAGGGAAAUAAAUACAAAAAAAAAAGAACGGAAGUUUGUAGAGGACGGACGAUGUGAGUCACCAAGACCUGUAUAAGAAUUGUAUUGAAAAAAAUAAAAAUAUAGCUUCACCAAACUA